AUGUUUCGGCAGCAACAGCCAUCAUCGCCCAAGUCAGAAUCCAAACAUCUGCGCGAUCCACCUCCAGCGCUCUUCCUCGGUCCCCCCUCUCAAAAUGCCUCUCAUGUCUCCCUCCUUGGUGCCAAUACUCCCAUUGGGCCCCCGGACCUGUCCACCUUGACCUCCAGUCACCCGUCUAUGCUUCGCCAACGCUCCCGCAGCAACAUUGAUGUCGACGCCGCUGGAGGACCAUCACUCCCGCGUCCCUCACUGCCUCGGCCGCGUCAGGAAUCAGAAGGCAAGAAGCAGGCUGAUAGAACCGAUGCGCUAUGGGCGGAGAUGCAGAGCACGCUGGAGGAGGUCAAGCUCACCGCUGUGAAUGGCACUCAUGUUUUUGGGCAGGAGCAUGCGAAGGCCCUAGACCAAUUAAGAGAGGCACAGAUUGGGUUGGCGCAGGCAUGGGCGAGGAGUGAGGCUGAUGAGGUGGUCGACAGUAUAGAUGAGGAGAGUAAAGGUCUAAAUGACGCUAGGGGAUUGCCAUCUGGAAGUGAGGGACGCAGUGUCAGGGACACAAUGGGCAGCACGGCAACCGGCGCCGGGGGACCUGAAAGCAGUGGGUUGAAUGCGGAGAAUAUUGAGAGCAAGUUGAAUGAUACGGAGGCGGAUAUAUUAUUGGCGAGGAGGAGGAGGGAAGCUAAUGAUAGGUAUUUCCAGAGAGUAAAUGGUGGCGUUCUUGAUGUGGUUGCCAAGCUAGAACAAGUCGCGGCGGCAAUGCGAGCUGUAGAGCAGGAGAGUAGGGACAUCUGGGGGGAGACCGAGAAUGUCAUCAGCCCCUUGUCUGUGGUCAACGCUGCCUGGUAUCGUCAAGCCCGGAACGCCUCGAAGCCCCCCAAUAUCUUAAUUGCCAAUGAACAGAGAAACCUAAAAUAUGCAUCCGCCAAUCAGCAAGCACUACCAACUCUAUCCCAAAGGCCCAUCGACAUCGACAUCGACAUCAACGACACCGAUUCACUGCCUCUCCUUGAUCCUGCAAUACGCAAAUCGGUAGUCCACCCGAAUCUACCCAAUAUUAGAGCCAUGGAGCCAAGAGCGCGAGUAGGCAAGAACCGGGGGCAGCAGAAUUUCAGCGAUCAAGAGCUCCAACACUUCCUCUUCGCCUACGGCGACGUCCAUCAAUCCCUCGAUACCACACGCAAAGUAUUCGAUGAGCUGCUUACCGAUUUCAUCACGGAACUCUGCUUCGAAGCCGCACGCUCUGCCCAACUUGCGGGCCGUCAAAAAAUCAAACUCGAUGACAUCAAGUUCGCCUGUCGCAAGAACCCCAUAUACCUGGGAAAGAUCGAGGAAGUCAUGAGCAAGAAAGAGGAAAUUGACAAGGCUAAGAAGCUCGUUGAUGUGAAUGACGAUAAGAUUACCAAAUCCGGGGUUAAGGCUUUGGAGGAACCACUGGGUGAUGCGGAUGAUGAUGCGGAUGCGGAUGCGCGGACUGUUGGCGGGAAGAGUAGCGGUACUGGAGCUGGGAAGUAA